UGCGGAGCCCCCUCCUCUCUCGGCUUCGCUGCCCUUCCGCGUCCUCCGGGCUGCCCUUCUCGAGCUCCUGGGCAUGGGCUGAGCGCCAAAGCCGGCCCGUUCCGGCUUCGCGAGGCUGGAGACCAGCUGAGCGAGACCCGGGCAAGCUCUGGCCCCGGCUGGCGUGCCUUGCCGGGGCCCAACGCAGCCGGGCAGGUGCAGCCUCCUGGCAGGCACCAAAACUGCCAGCUGAUCCGCGGCAGCAGCUAAAGAACAGGGAAAAGUUGGCGAGUCCUCCUUUGCAACAAACCCUGAUCUGGUGGCUCGGCUUGGACAAGCAGGAGUCUUCUAGCAUCCUGGCCAGAGAGGAGUUCUGAUCUAGAACAUGGCUUGUUCCUGGUGGCCUCCAGCCUUCCCCCAAAAGGGAAUUUGAGGCCUCGAUUCCGGCACCUUCACACGAACCAUGGAGGUGAUGGACGUCCCGGUGGGAAACCUCAUUGACUUUGACUCUGAACUGUCUACCACGGACACCUCUGAAUCGGUCCCCACCGGCCCCUCGACCGCCAACGGCCACGCAGGGCUGGAUCGCCGCGAGGCGGGCCCUGCGGCCGAGGAGAGCGAUGCCACCGAGUCGGCCGACAGCGAGAACGACACGACCGACUCGCCCACCCACCCGAGCUGGAAUAACCACCGGCGCUCUUCCUCGGAGUCCUACUCGUCCAACCAGAGCACAGAGUCCACUCGGGGGGAAGCACCGGCCGAACAGCGGGAAUUUGUGAGCCAAUACGUGGAGAAGAUCUUCACUGGUGGAGAGGAGUUUGACCAAGAGGAGCAAGCCAGAUUCGGGGAGCUGUGCAGUGGCGAGAACACGAAAGGCAGAGAGUGGUUCGCCAGAUACGUCAGCGCCCAGCGCUGCAAUUCCAAGUGUGUUUCCGAGCAGACUUUCUAUCGCCUGGUGCAGUCCUUUGCUGUUGUGCUGUUUGAAUGCUACCAGAUGGAUGACUUCAGCCCUGCUAAAAACCUGAUGACCAUGUGCUUUACUUACUACUACGUCGGCAAGCCCCAAACUCUCCCCCCAGAGUGCAAGGAGGAGAGAGCCGCGGGGAGCAUUGAUUCCUACCUGAAAUCCGCCAACAGCUGGCUGGCCGAGAAGAAGGACAUUGCGGAACGGCUGCUGAAAAACACCUCGGCCAAGACGGAGAACAUGAAAGGGUUUUUCGGGAGCUUUGAAAGCAAACUGAGGGGUCCCAGCGGGACCAGGAAGAGCGAGGAUGGCGAAGAGAAGCCCAGGGAGAGAAUGCAGAAAUCAGUUUCCCUCUACAGUCCCGAGGAGGAGGAAGAAAGAAACGGGGAGAAGAUCUACCUGUACACGCACCUCAAGCAACAGCCCAUCUGGCACACUCUGAGGUUCUGGAACGCGGCUUUCUUUGAUGCCGUCCACUGCGAGAGGCGGAAACGGUCUCCCACCACCAGAGGGGACACUGGGGAGGAAGAGGAAAAGAGGGAGAAGUGGUGCCACAUGACCCAAGAAGAACGGAACGAUAGCCUCCGUUUUAAUGAGAAUAUCACCUUUGGACAGUUGGGAACUUUCACUCAUAACAUGCUGGCUUUUGGGCUGAACAAGAAGCUUUGCAACGAUUUCUUGAAGAAGCAGGCAGUGAUUGGCAACCUGGAUGAAGAGCAGUACAAGCUGCUGAGUGACCACAUUGACCAAAUGGCUGCUGAAUAGGUCCACCACCUGCUUGGCCAGGACCAGGAUGGAGAGAAGAGGCCGGCGGAGGCAAAAGGCUGGGAAACCCACCUCGGGGGACCGUCUGAAGACUUCAGAUGGGCUUUUAAAGCAACAGACUCCCCCCAUAGACUCUGCAAUAAUCCUGCAUGAUUGCUGUUCAACUGUGUCUGUGCUGUGCUAAGCAGCCUGUAGAACUUGUCCAUCCAAAGGCGCCAGUCUCCUUCUGCAGCCUCAAGGACACCCAACCCCUUCCUCAGACUUUGGGCAUGGAAGCUCUGGCUUUGCGCCCCCCCCCCUCCCGGUCUGGGGAGAUUCCUCCAUGCAAGGCAGGGAGAGUCCUUGGGGACCAGGACAGGAGGUCCUUGUGAGAAGGACCGGAAGAAACCUCCACGCAUUAUCCUGGACUAUUUUAAGCAUCCAGAAUCCUUUUUUUUUUUUUUCAACAGCCAUGAAAUGUGAAAUAGGAUAUGGGCCCGAGCUGCAAUGGAACGGAGGGGCAGAUAAGAGCUUUUAAUUUUUCUGCAGAGCUGGUCAUUCUGGAGAAAGGUAUUUGGUAGACCCAGAAGGCCUGGUUUGAUUCGUCCUGUUAGGCAGAGAAAGAUAUUUAAAGGUAGGCAGGAGCUGACAUUUUGUAGUUUUGGACCCUGAGAUGCUGUGCAAGCCAACCGGGCCCAGAUUCCUGGUUCCCUGGACCAGUUCUGGGACCUCCUGUGUGGUUUCAAUGCAAUACGUUCUGAAUAAAACCAGGAAGCUGAUCUAACUCCGGAGGUGUAAAGAAGAACAAGUCCACCACUGUGGUUGACGUGGUUGCUCAACUGGUUGACCAAGAUUGAUCGAUCCCAUCUCUCUGGUUUGUCAACCUCACGGAGCCUUUGUCUGGUUUGUCCACAUGAAGUAGGUGGAAGGUUGUCUGUGAGGUGCUGCCAUAUUUCCACCAUUCAUGAACGUGAAGGCCUACAUGGCAGCAACAAGCCAUCUUGAGGGCAACCACAAUAUUCUUCAACAUCCUCCCAUUUGGAGAAGCCUCCUCUGGGCGGCUUCUCACACCUUUGAUGAUCAGCCUCUGGUGUCUUGUGUCUGGUGUGUGUGUGUGUGUGUGUGUGUGUGUGUGUGUUUCUAAGGACAGGUUGAUGUUGGGUGUGUAGGGGAGUGUUUUCCAUUCACUUUGGCUUGAUGGAUGCUGGUUUUUCAUUCUUUGGGAAAAGAUAUAGCUGCUAGUGAGUUGUUGGGUGAUUUACAGAGUCCACAAGAAACUCCAUCUCCCUCCCUCCCUCCCUCUGUAUGGGUGUGUGUGUGUGUGUGUGUGUGUGUG